AUCUUUCUUUUUUAAAGUUAGAUUUAAUUUUGCUAUCAAUUAUUCGAAUUUUUAUAAACCACACAAGAUAAUGUGCGUUAUACAUACAUAUAUAUGUACAUAGCCUACAUACAUACAUAUACAAACAAACUGUAUAGACGUAACAAAUUCUGGUUAUUUUACAAACACCUCCUCAUCAUUAAUACCCCAAAUUAAAUUAAUUUGCGUUACAAAUCUGAAUAUUACGUAGUUGGGGGGGGAUAACUGAAGUUCACAGACAAGUUCUAAAUUAGUUUUAGGCCCUUUAAGAGGCACGUGUCUUAAGUAAUAGCGCUUCAAAUGAAUGUUUGUUCAAAGGGUUCGAACAGAGUCGCAAGACGCGCACUAAUGAGUUCGCCACGGCGCCGCACUUUACUAAAUAACGCCGAAUUCCUCCUGUUGUAGACCAAACGAGAGUCUCGUUUUGAUAAAGAGGCAGGAGCGGUCGCCCCUGUGUGAAAUCGUCUUCAAAUUCUUCCUUUUAGAAAAACAAUCAUUUAGACUCGGAACCCACCGUUACAAACGCUAGCAAGCCUAUACAAUAUUUCUCACCUUGGGAUGACAUUUUUAAGGGGUCUUACUUGAGACGGCCUCACUCACUGUACUAAACCGAGCGCGCUUCGGACGCUUAACGCUCCAGAGGGAGGCUUCAAAAAGCGUUUGAGCAUCAGAACACAACAGAGCUAGAGAAGCGUUUCGCACCGAGCAUGGAGGAACUGGCCCGGGAGAGUAUACGCAGCAUCAGUCUGCUGUCCAGACCUGCGCCGGGUUCGGACGUCCCGAGACUCGGGUCCUUGGGGGCCAUUUUCAUCAUGCUUAAAUCAGCCCUCGGCGCCGGGCUCCUUAACUUUCCGUGGGCUUUUGAGAAGGCUGGCGGCGUGAACACAGCCAUCACUGUGGAGAUGGUGUCUCUGGUAUUUCUCAUAAGUGGGCUGGUCAUUCUCGGCUACGCCUCAUCCAUCAGCCGGCAGAAGACGUAUCACGAUGUGGUCCGAGAGGUGUGUGGACAGAAGAUCGGCCAUCUGUGCGAGAUCUGCUUCGUUUUCAACCUCUUCAUGAUCUCCGUGGCCUUUCUGGUGGUUGUGCAGGAUCAGCUGGAUAAGCUGUGUCUGUCUAUGUAUGAGACAGUGACAGGAAAUACAGAAGGAAACAUGCCAUAUCACUGGUACACAGACCACCGUUUCGCGCUCUUUGUCAUGUGCCUCAUUAUCAUCCUUCCGCUCUCUAUACCCAAAGAGAUCGGCAUCCAAAAAUACACCAGUGUAUUGGGAACUCUGGCCGCUACGUACCUGAGCGUAGCUGUAAUCGCUAAAUAUUACCUAAAAGACGAGCACACAGCAGACCUCACACCAGAGCACAGUCAAGGAUUGGACUCGUGGGCCUCCAUGUUCAGUGUGGUCCCCACUAUCUGUUUUGGUUUCCAGUGUCAUGAAGCUAGUAUUGCUAUCUACAGCAGCAUGGAAAACAAAAAGAUUACAAACUGGGUUUUCAUCUCGGUCACCUCUAUGAUCUUCUGCUUGCUUAUUUAUACUCUCACAGGUGUGUUUGGUUUUCUUACUUUUGGACGGGAAGUAGCCUCAGAUAUCCUGAUGUCAUAUCCUGGAAAUGAUGUAGUGAUGAUUAUUGCCAGGCUGCUGUUUGGGGUUUCGAUCAUCACCAUCUAUCCUAUAAUACUGCUGCUGGGAAGGUCAGUGAUUCUAACUCAGAUAUUGCGCUUUCGGGAACGACGGGCCAUGAUCACAUCCGUGUUUGAGAGUCGGUGCCGUCUGAUUCUUACAAUUCUCUGGAUCACUGUGACUCUCUUCCUCGCCAUCUACAUCCCAGACAUGAGUGAGGUCAUCAGCGUAAUCGGCGGUAUCAGCGCUUUCUUUAUUUUUAUUUUUCCUGGGUUGUGUCUCAUUUUUGCAAUGCAGACAGAGCCUAUAAAUCACAGGAUAAGGGCUCUCUUGACAGGGUGGGGUGUGGUGACUGUCGUUACCGGAGCUUUUAUCUUUGGCCAGAGCACUACUAUAGCUGUAAUGGAGCUGACACACAAAUUUUAAUCUUUGUCAUGGUCUUCAUCACUUGGAAUAUCAUUGUCUUUAUAUAUUUGAAUGAUGUAUGAUAUAUAGUAUAAUUCUUAUACUUGUAAUGCUGUUACUGCUCAGUUUUAUAUGUUGUGUGUGUUAUUUGUACGUGUGUGACUCAGAAAAUGUCUUGGAUUUUGUUUAUAUAUUUAUUAUAUUGUGUAGGUUUAGACAAGAAGAGUAGUUGUUUUUAAAUGUGUCAUGUGGAGUGAAUAUUAAAGAAUAUGAAUGUAAAUAUAAAGAAUGACUUUAAAACAUAACAUAUUAAAAUGAAUUAACAUGUGCCUUAAUGUGAGUGUGAAAGUGCAAAACUUCUAUGAAACACUAUUCAUGAUUUGGCCAAACAGACAUUUUGUACGCUAACUUGGUAAUAUUCAGCUUUUCGGAAUAUCAUUUGCUACAACGAUACGGUUAUCAUGAGAU